AUGUCUCCUGAUAAUCCUCCUGUAAAACCAGCUACUAAAGAAGAAAACCAAAACAGUGGUAACCGGAAAACAGGCUCAACAAGGCCACAAGAGCAAGCCCCAAAGUGUCCAAGAUGUGAUUCUCCCAACACGAAAUUCUGUUACUACAACAACUACAGUCUCACUCAACCAAGGCAUUUUUGCAAGACUUGUCGUAGGUACUGGACUAAAGGUGGGGCUUUGCGUAACGUACCAAUCGGUGGAGGUUGCCGCAAGAACAAGAAGAUAAAAUCAUCUUCAAGGCUGUCAGGUGACUCAAAAGACUCCACCUCAUCCUCAGAGAUGGGUGGAUUGAACUUGUUUCACGGCCUUUCUCCAGCCAUGGAUUUUCAGCUUGGUGGAUUGUCAUUUCCUAGGCUUAAUCCAUCACCAGCUGGUAUUUACAACCACUUUGCUUCAUAUGGAGACAGUACUAGCCCUUCUUUCAGUCUUGAUCCAUCUGGUAGCUCUAGUUCUUUGAUGGGGUUUAGUAAUUAUCCAUUAUCUUUAGUUACUAGUGGCCUUAGUGGUGCAACUCAGGAGAUGGGUUCCUUGAAUGUUAAUAGUAGCCUUGCUUCUUCAAUUGAGUCUUUAAGUUCCAUAAACCAAGAUUUACAUUGGAAGUUGCAGCAGCAAAGAUUAGCUAUGCUUUUUGGUGGAGAGAAUAAAAAGGAAAAUAGCACUAGUGUUUCUUCAGUUCCACUUGAGAACCAAGCACAAAAGCCACAACCCAGUUUGUUCCAGAAUCUGGAGGCCUCAAAACCAGAAAUUUCAGCUGUUGAGAAUCCAAGAAAAGGCACAAGCAAUGAAACCUCUAUGGAAUGGUUCUUUGGGAAUUCUCAUGCACCGGUAAUUCCAACUCCAACCACUAGCAGCAAUGGCAAUGAUAAUACAAGCAACUGGAAUGGGGUUCAAGCAUGGAAUGAUUUGCAUCAGUACAGCACGUUGCCCUAA